CACAGAGUAUGAAACGAAAAAAAGCCGUUCUCUCGCAUCUUGAGAAGUUCACUCUAUUUGUUUGUUUCGCGUCGUUUCGUCUCUCGUGCGGACUGGACAUUUUGUCAAAUUAAAAACCGCCUAGUUGACUUUCAAUCCUAAAGUGUAAUGCCGUGAAAAACUGGAGUGAAAACAAAUCUCCCGCAUCUUUUUUGUCUCGUGUGCUCUGAAAUGACAAACGCCAUUUCUGUUGAGAAAUAAAGCAAAUUGUCGCGCUCGGUUAAGAAACGUCUCCUCGGAAAAAGUGACAUACAAUUAGAAACGGCCGGAUCAUGUCGGUGCUUGUCUGUUUCAGUUUAAAAAUAUAAUUUGCCUUCGUUGAAUAUUCGGAGGAAAACAGUGCAUCGACUCGAAAAAAACUAAGUUAUGACAACGAUGGAUUCUGAUUCUGAGAGUCAGGACAGCGACGACGGUCGCCGAUUUCGAUUUGAAGCAACCCGAAAAGACGCAGCCUCAGUCUCUCAUAACAGAAAGCGAGUCUCUCCACAUUCAGGUCGUUCAGGACGACGCUCCCGAUCUCGAGGUCGAUCGGAUCGGGACCGCAAGGAUAACGAAAGAUUUUCAAAUCGGGGCCGAAAUUCUCGAGCGGGACACAAUUCAAGGCAAACGUCGAGAGACCGAGACUUGAAAGACAGACGUGAUCGGCAUUCGUCUCAAAACUACCUGAAGGAUACAAAAGAUGCUCACGAUUCCAAACACCUGAAGCAAAGGAACGGUUCAUCGACUCUGAGAGAGAAAGACGAUCGAGAGACGAGAGACUCGAAAGAUACAAAAGAUUCUAAAGAUACAAAAGAUUCUAAAGAUACGAAAGAUACAAAAGAGACUAGAGAGCCGAGAGAAUCCUACUCGAAGAGUUCUCGAUCUCACGAGAAGGACUCCAGGAACUCGAAAGAGUCCAGGAGUUCCCGUGACCGGAAUAGGAAAAGAUCUCGAGACAGAAGUCGCAGCGACAGAUCAUCGAGUGAUAAGCAUAAAGCUAAAGUUCAGGAGAAGCGGAAAAGCCAUUCCAAGGAUAAUCAGGCCCGAGUUAAGGAAGAUCGAGUUCCGGAGAAAAUCGAGGAGGCAAAAGCAGCCCCCUUGUUGAUCAGUCAGCCCGAGAACGAGUUGAAGAAGGAAGUUGCCGAGUUCAAUCUUUCGGACUUCGAGAUCGUUUCAGACACGGAAAACUCAUCAGAUGCCCUUGGACACAGCCCGAGCGAUGGGUCGAAAGUGAAAAAGCUGCUCUCGAAGCAGCAGAGUCAACGAUUGUCAGAGAGGGACUCUGAGCGAAAAAGUCACCGAAGGGAGGAUCUGCGUAAGGUAAAUCCAAGGAAUGGCAAUCAUUCAUCAGCUUCGAGUAAUAGUAACCCUAGUGCCCUUUCAGAUUUCUCAUUAGGUUCUGCAUCGCCAACCACCUCUGCUAAUAAGAAACUCAAAGCGGAUGAAGAGGCAGCAAGUCGAAUGGAGGUUGUUGUAGAAAAUUCGCAGGAUUGGAGUGUUAGUCAGGAAAGAACCAAGUCAAAUGAGAGUGAUAAGCCUUUUUCCUAUGGUCCAGUUUUACCUCCACUGUUAGUUAGAGGUUCGAGUCCGGAUCCAAGGCCUGUCGAUGAUCAAGAAGAGGGCGAAAUAGUUGUAAAAAUGGCAGUUGUACAGAGUGAGCGUGUAGAGAAUGGUGAGAGGGAGGAGCUAGAGAAAGAGAAAGUGAUUGGACCCUCGUUACCAGCGACGUGUGUCGAAUCGAGUGACCCAGACCUUGAAGAUGUUCUUUCCCCGAGUGUGAAAGAAGCAAAUCUUGAGCGUGAAGAAGCGGUCAUUAAACGUGAAGCUGAAGAAGAAGAAGAGUCUAGUGGAGUUGUUCGGGAAGAAUCUUUGAAAGGAUCCUCUCAGCCCCGAAUUAUUGGGCCAAGCUUGCCGGCUCAUUUUCUACCACAAACGGAAGUGAGUAGUGAUGAAGAAGAUACUUUUGGACCUGCUUUGCCGCCUCAUUUGGCAAAGAAAGAUCAGUCCGAGAGUCGAGUUUUUGGACCAACGCUGCCUAGUGAAUUGACGUCUGAGGAUGUUCAGUCUGCUGACGAGUUAGAUGAUGAGGAUAUCAUUGGACCUUUGCCGCCUGAUCAUCCAGCUGCGAGGAGCAGUAUUGUCCAGCAAAGUCUUGAGUUCAGGGCUAGGAGGAUCCAGAGUGCAUUUAUGGCACAGCAAGUACCCAAGGAGAAGAAAAGGGAAGAAUGGAUGACUGAGUUGCCUGACAUCCGGUCUGCUGCGUUGGGUUUGGGACCUCGAAAAUUCAAAGCUCGAGCUGGUCCUGAUUUGUCUGACAGAUCUUCUUGGACAGAUACUCCUGCCGAUAGAGCUCGAAAAGAACAAGAAAGGGCGGAGGAGAGAUUAGCAGCUUUAGUCACGGAAAAAGCAAUGGUCCACGAAAUUUCCACCUCGAAAGAAGACGUUUCCGAGAAAUCGACAAAGCGUCCGAAGUCGUUAAUGGAAUUGCACCAAAAGAAAUUGAAGAAAAAGAGGAAGAAGGAAGAAAAAGAGGCUAAAGAAAAAGGCAAACAACCCACAAGACGACCCUUCGAUCGAGACGUCGACCUGCAAGCGAACAGAUUUGACGAAUCACAGAAGAAACAUGUCUUAAUGAAGGCUCAGUUACUCGACGAUAGAUUUGCUCGAGGAAGUAUAUAAGAAACCCUCAUUUUUUCACUGAGCGUUUAAUUCAAAAUGGACAGAAACUGCACUAUAACAAUGUGAUAAGUAUAAAAAUAGAUGUACAGGUAUUAUAAAUGAAUAAUAUCAAUAAAAAAAAAUAUAUAUGCUAUCCAGCAUAGAAACAUAACUUCAAAAAAAAUGCUACUUCUAAAAAAUUGUUGAUUUUGCACUAAACGCUCGAGCGAGGAAGGAAAAUAUUGUAUAAAGUAUACCCAAUCAUUUUUUUAAUUAAACUCUAUUUUCGAUAUUCCUUUACUGGACUCGUUCUAUGGUCAGUUGAUAAUUAAUCAAGCGAAAUCUGAUAAAACGUUUUUUAACUAUUCGAGAUUUGACUUUUUCACAUUGUACUUUAAUAUCUAGAAAUGAAUGUCAAGCGGCACUCUUGUUUAGAGAAUGUUGGCUUGUUGCUGACGAAUGUAAAAUAUACAUUAGCAUGUAUCGUAUCUAGCUUUCUGUACAAGGUGACUAGAUAGCCUUUUGAAUCAAAGAAGAGAUUUAAAAAGCAGGUAUUCGGCACCUAUUAAUCACUUCGUAGGAAUUUAUCGUUUGUACAAACUGAAGCGCAUUUAGCAAGAAAGAAAAAAAAUCUGUCAAUGGCUCAUAAAUUAUUGCAUUAUUAUCUCGUUGGAUAAUACGCUUCCAUUGCUGGAACGUUUUAUCAAUCGAGGGGUAUUUUGUGACCCAAUUUCAGACGAUCGUGUUCGGAGUUCCCUAGAAUUUGUCGUAGAUUUUAUUUAAUACGAAAUUCGAUAGGCUUCUUAAUUUUGUAAAUAUCUUAUUAGCCCUGUUGCGAUCACAUUGAAAUAAUGAUUUAUGAUUCUUAAAGUAACCAAUUUUGCAGAGUUAUUGGAAAUUUUAUCUGUGACUGUUUGCACUUUUUGGACCCACUUUUGAAUUUGCAAAGGCGGGUCUUUUGCAGAAAGAAUAAUUUUGUAUCUCGUAAGUAAUAUUAUUGACACGUAUAAGUUGCGAAGAUCUCUUGUCAUGCCGAUGCUUGAACUGAAUUGUGCCCAUGUGUAAUGUUAAAUAAAAAAAGAUUUUUAUGCAU